CAGAAGAUGGCGAUUAUUCUACUCUCAUUGAAAAUGAAAGUACAAACAUGUCCCUGGGUGCCGCUGUGUGCACGAGGUGUAACGAGGGAUUCACUCCCCAGGAGAAGAUCGUCAACUCGAAUGGGGAGAUCUGGCACACACAAUGCUUUGUCUGUGCCCAGUGCUUCCAGCCUUUUCCAGAGGGACUCUUUUAUGAGUUUGAGGGUCGCAAGUACUGUGAACAUGACUUCCACGUGCUAUUUGCACCUUGCUGUGGCAAAUGUGGUGAGUUUGUUGUUGGUCGUGUUAUCAAGGCAAUGAACAAUAACUGGCACCCUGACUGCUUUAGAUGUCAACUCUGCAGUGGUCAACUGGCAGAUGCUGGUUUU